GAAGACUUUGAUUUCCCAGGAUGACUGUGAAGUGGAUGUCUGUUCUGCUGCUCCUGCAAAUGGGUUGUUACUUAAGAUUAGGGAACUGUGGGAAGGUAUUGGUAUGGCCAAUGGAAUACAGUCACUGGAUGAAUCUAAAGAUAAUACUGGAUGAACUUGUAGAGAGGGGUCAUGAAGUAACAGUUCUGAGACCAUCAGCUUCCAUCUUUCUUGAUCCCCAAAAGUCACCUGGUCUGAAGUUUGAGAGCUAUUCUACGUCUAUCAGUAAAGAUGAUCUGGACAAGGUUUUUACAAAGGUUGUGGAUGUAUCGACUAAUGAGAUGCCAAGAGAUUUGUGUUUAUCCUUCUCUCCUUUGCUACAAAACACAUUUGAUGAAUAUUCUAAUAGCUAUCUAAAAAUUUGCCAAGACACAGUUUCAAAUAAACAACUUGUGACAAAACUACAGAGAUCCAAGUUUGAUGUCCUUUUCUCGGAUGCCGCUGCUCCCUGUGGGGAACUGAUAGCUGAACUUCUCCAGAUCCCUUUUCUGUACAGUCUGCGCUUCACUCCUGGCUAUACAAUGGAAAAGUACAGUGGAAAAUUUCUAGUCCCUCCCUCUUAUGUACCCAUGAUUUUGUCGGGACUAGGUGGUCAAAUGACUUUCAUGGAGAGAGUAAAAAAUAUGAUGUGUAUGCUGUAUUUCGACUUUUGGUUCGAGACAUUUAAUGAGAAGAAAUGGAGUCAAUUUUACAGUGAAACAUUGGGAAGGCCCACUACCCUAACAGAGACAAUAGGCAAAGCAGAAAUGUGGCUUAUUAGAUCCUACUGGGAUUUGGAGUUUCCUCGCCCAACUUUACCAAAUACUGAAUAUGUUGGAGGUCUCCACUGCAAACCUGCUAAACCCUUGCCGAAGGAAAUGGAAGACUUUGUCCAGUCCUCUGGAGAGCAUGGUGUCGUGGUGUUUUCUCUGGGGUCAAUGGUCAGCAACAUGUCAGAAGCCAAAGCCAAUGCAAUCGCAUGGGCCCUUGCCCAGAUUCCACAAAAGGUUCUUUGGAGAUUUGAUGGCAAAACACCAGACACCUUAGGGCCUAAUACUAGAGUCUACAAAUGGCUCCCCCAGAAUGACCUUCUAGGUCAUCCAAAAACCAAAGCCUUUGUAACUCAUGGUGGAGCCAAUGGAAUCUAUGAGGCAAUCCAUUUUGGAAUCCCUAUGAUUGGCAUUCCUUUGUUUGGAGAGCAGCAUGAUAACAUUGCCUACAUAGUAGCCAAAGGAGCAGCUGUUUCGUUAGAUUUCAGAACAAUGACAAGGGCAGAUUUGCUCAAUGCAUUGAAUGCCGUCAUAGAUAAUCAUUCCUAUAAAGAAAAUGCUAUGUGGUUGUCAACCAUUCAUCAUGACCAGCCCAUGAAACCCCUGGACAGAGCCAUCUUCUGGAUUGAGUUUGUCAUGCGCCACAAAGGGGCCAAGCACCUGAGGCCACUUGCACACAACCUCACCUGGUACCAGUACCACUCUCUGGAUGUGAUUGGAUUCCUCCUGGCCUGUGUGGCAGCCAUGGCUUUCCCUGCCAUAAAAUCCUUCUUAUUCAUUUAUCGAAAGUUUGUAACGACAGGAAAGAAAACGAAGAAUGAGUAGAGCUUAUUGAGA